UGUCAAACUCGACAAGUCUCUGAUUUCCUGCUCACAAUGUUCACCAGAAACAACCAAAACACGCCAAAAUACAAAUAAAAACAUAAAAACGAGACUGAAGCCACACAGAACAUGGAGCACAUCAUAACACCAAAGGUUGAAUGUGUGAAGCUGUUGGACAGAUACUCUGAAAAGAGGACGACCAUCGGCACGCUGUACCUCACAGCGACGCAUCUCAUCUACGUGGAGCAAAACAACAGCACACGCAGGGAAACUUGGGUUGCACAUCAUCACAUCUCGUCUGUAGAGAAGCUUCCUCUCACGACGUCAGGAUGUCCGCUGCUCAUUCAGUGUAAGACCUUCCAGCGUCUCCACCUGCUGCUGCCCAAAGAGAAGGAAGCUCAGGACGUUCACCUGUCCCUCCUGCGCCUGUCCCAACCAGUGGAGGAGGAGGAACUGUACGCGUUCAUCUACAACCCUCAACAGACGGAGGGCGAGAGGAGAGAGGGGUGGAACCUCAUCGACGUGGCAGCCGAUUUUAACCGAAUGGGUCUGCCCAACGACUACUGGCAAAUCAGCGACCUCAACGCCAACUACGAGCUUUGUUCCACGUACCCGUCGGUACUCGGCUUCCCUAAAUGCGCCAGUGUUGCUACCAUAACAGGCAGUGCCAAGUUCAGGAGUCGGGGGCGACUGCCCGCUCUGUCCUACUACCACAAAGAUACCAAGGCGGCGAUCUGUCGGUGCAGUCAGCCGCUGUCGGGUCUGAGUUCCCGCUGUGUGGAGGACGAACAGAUGCUGCAGGCUAUUAGCGAGGCUAAUCCUAACUCGCCGUUCAUUUACGUCGUGGACACGCGGCCAAAGCUAAACGCUAUGGCUAACCGUGCGGCAGGUAAGGGCUACGAGAACGAGGACAACUACGCCAACAUCAGGUUCCACUUCCAGGGCAUCGAGAACAUCCACGUGAUGAGGAGCAGCCUGCAGAAACUUGUAGAGUUGUGUGCUCAGAAGUCUCCGUCGAUGAGCGACUAUCUAACCGGACUGGAAAGUUCUGGCUGGCUGCGACACAUCAAAGCCGUCAUGGACGCCGGAGUCUUCCUGGCUAAGGCGGUGGGUGAUGAAGGUGCGAGUGUGUUGGUGCACUGCUCUGACGGAUGGGAUCGAACCGCUCAGGUUUGCUCUCUUGCCUGCAUCCUACUGGACCCCUAUUACAGGACCAUCAAAGGACUCAUGGUGCUGGUAGAAAAAGAGUGGAUCGCCUUUGGGCACAAAUUCAGUCAGAGAUGUGGGCACCUGGACGGCGACCCUAAGGAGGUGUCUCCGGUGUUCACUCAGUUCGUGGAGUGCGUUUGGCAGCUGAUGGAGCAGUUCCCCUGCGCCUUUCAGUUCAAUGAGCGCCUCCUGCUGUCCAUCCACGACCACGUUUACUCCUGCCAGUACGGCAACUUCAUCGGGAACAACCAGAGAGAACGACACGAGCUGAGGCUGAGGGAGAGGACGCUCUCGGUGUGGCCACAUCUACUGCAGCUUCAGGAGGAGUUCAGGAACCCUGUGUACAAACGCACCACACACAACGGCAUUCUGCGACCCAGCACCCUGCCGCUGCACUUCAAGUUUUGGUGUGGGAUGUAUAACUGCUAUGAUAAAGGCAUGCACCCUCGACAGUCCACGCUGGACACACUGCUCGCCCUCACACUGAGACAAACACAGGAGGAGCGGACCAUGACUGAACUACAGAGACAGCUGGCCAUCGCUGACGGAGUCCUCCCAGCUCCAGGCGGACCAAUCGGCUCGCUUCCUGAUCAGAACGGCCGCUCUGAGACCACACCCGACCCGCCGCUCAACCGGCCCGACGGAGACCGCCGCGCGUCUUUGACCAACGGUGCUGCGGGAGAGGCGGAAUCGGACCCGGAAACGUCCGAUCGGGACGAGGCUGAGGCCGAACCCGAGGCGAAUAUGAAGGACAAACCUGUUACCUUGGUAACCCAGGUUUCCAAAGAGGAGGUAGAGAGGGAGGAUGCUCUCCAAUCUCCAUAGUAACAAAACUGAAAUCUGAAACCGACCCGAAAUGCAAAAGUGAACAAAAUAUGCACACGGGAGUGUCAGUUUGUCAAAAUGCGCUGUUAUGGGGUCAGAUACACCGCUUAAUUCCUCAUACCCACUUGCCCCAACACCAUCAUGCCAAAAAUUCUAUAGUGACAAUUCAAUAGAAAAACAUUUAGCCACGCACCUUGAACCCACCUACACUAUAUUAACCAUUACAGUAGAAUUAAAAUAGAUCAUGGCGGCACGUUUUGGUUUUAGACGGAUUUUGACCAACGAGAACCGUCUCUAUAGAGGUGGAAAACCAUGACACGGUUCUAUGCUGCACCCCUGCACCUUCCUGGUGACCAAGGUUUAUAGAGCCAUGUGAUCAUGAAUUAAACUGAUGGAACAUAUCAAGCGCUGUGACUGAACGUUUCUACUAAGCAGCUAACUUUACGUAACUUUACGUCUGUUUGCUUUGUGAAAUCGCUGCCUGGAUGUAUUUUCUGUUAAAGCAAACAGAAAUUGACUUGUUAAAUUUUAAAGGGAAUAAAUGAAAGGGAAUAGAAAUGGUGAUUUAGAUUUAGAGCCUCAGGAACCUUCUGCUGGUGACAGGAUCAAGAAAGCAGCAAAAAACAAACAAAACAAAUUUAGACCUGUACUGUUACUCUUUACUUAAAGUCUUCGAUCGGUCGUUGUUUGGAAACCAUUUUUACCAUUAAGCUCUUAUUAUUGUGAUGAUUCAGUUAAACGUGAUUCUUUUACCCCAAAUAGCACAAAAGAAGAUAGUAAAUAAAACAUUUCGAUUUUGUUCUUGCACUUUUCUUUUUACUUUUUCUACUCUUUGUAAUUCCACGAUUGUCGCUUUGCUUUUGUCACUGUUUUCUGUGAAUAUUUAGUAUUUUUAUAUGAGCAUCUAAUUUUGCAUUUUAAUAAAUCACAUAUUUUAAAAUA